CUCUCUCUCCAAAUUCCGCAACCGCCGCCGUCUCUCUUGCUCUCCGCCGGCAGCUCCGAUUUAGCCGUCUGAUCGCUCCGCAGGCUCUUUUCUCAACCCCCGUUUGCCUAAAUCUAUGUCCGAUUGGAGCCCUAGGGUUUGGGGCUCGGUUUGGAUGCGCGUGUUACUCACCGGAGGAUAAAUGCAUGUAUCGGUGGAUCUAGGGUUUCGGAGCCUGGUGCUGGUGGCCUGCGUCCUGGUGCCGGUGAUCGGAUUCUUCGUCGCUCGCCACAAAUGGCGCCAAGCCGCGGCCAGAGGUGAGGAGAUCAAGCGGCUGUUGGCUUUGGCCGCCGCGGAAGCUGCUAGGGCCGAGUUUGAGGUCACGGCUGGCUACGACGUCGUUUUGGCUCCUCCUGAGAAGAGGGAUUCUUAUUGCGCCGUCUGCUACUGCCCCACCACCACCCGCUGCGCCCGCUGCAAGGCGGUCCGGUACUGUUCUGGGAAAUGUCAAAUUGUUCACUGGCGACAAGGUCACAGGGAAAAUUGCCAGCCAGCACCCACAGUUGAUCCAAAUGUUGAUGGGGAAAGUGAUGAAGGCCAGAAGGUGACCAAGAAAAAUCUUGAAUCUAAUGCUGACAAGUUUGAAGCUAGGCAGUCAACUGAAAAAAUCUCCGAGGAACCUGCAGUUCCUAAUCCUGGUUGCCCUCUAGAGGUUCAGUGUGUAAAGGAUGAUGAUAGUGAAGAUGAAUAUCUUGCCAAUAGGAAAGAGAAAAAUUCUCCUUCUGGGUCAUCAGCUACCUCUUUUUCUGGAUUUUCUACUUCUACAAAUGGUAGUGGAUCUUCGGAUGAUGUUUCUGUCAGUGAAAGUGUUAGUUCUUUCGAACCUGACAGAGCAGAUGCACACCAAUCUGUUAAUGAUUCCAUUGACAUGCUGCAGAAUUCAUUUAAUCUGGAGCAAAUUGAUCAAUCUAGGCCAUUAUCCCCAAAGUUUGCUUGCUUGGUUGAUUCUGUGGAUGGAUUUGCAAAACUAAGUAAGUCAAAUCAGGUUAAACCUAGUUGCAAUAAUGGAGAGAACGAGCAGAUAUCAAACUCUUCUUCAGAUGUGAAUUAUAAUGGCAGAAGUAAGGGUCCAUGCCGUCCAGCUACCAAGUCAUGUACAACAUCGUCUGAUUUCUGGGGAAGAACUCUUGAUUCUUUCGAGUCUGAGAGUGAUGAUCAUGUGUCCAGUUCCUGUAUUGCUAGUAAAAGCAAGAUAUCUCCUUCUGGAUCCUCCUCUCACAUUUCGUUUGAAUCGUCCACUGCUGUCCCCCUACAUACAGGAGACUCUGAGUCAAUUGGCAGUAUAUUAGAUGAUGCUCUUCCAGACACUUCAGGGCAUAAAUCUGUAUAUGGGGCUGAGUUAUUGGAAAAGAUUAGUGGAGAUGUUUCAAAGCUCAGGAACUCCACAUCCCUAAACUUCAAAGGGUUGAGAAAUGAUGAUAGUGGACCUCCCAAUAAUUCACCUACAUUCAACUCUAGAGAAAUUAAAUUUAUGGCAUCAUCCUCGUCUAAUGGUCACAAAUCUCUUAGCAGUGAAAUUGUUUCAAGUAAAGAGGCUUUGCAUUCUAGUAGAGUGGUGCCUACAAGUUCAGAAAGGUCGAGUCAUAUUUCUAAGAACAGCAGUAGAACGUUGAAGUCUAGAGAAGCUGAUUGUCAGUCAUCUAGUGUUUCAGAUGCUUGUCUUGUAUCUGGUGGUCGAGGCUCUUCCGGUGUAAGUGUAAAAUCUGGAAACGGUCAUUCUGUUGAGGCUAGUGAUACUGUUUCAUCUCAGGUUACAAGAUCCUUAAAUGAUAAGACUGGCUUGAAGACUUCUGUAUUUAAAGUUUUUGAUCAGUUUAGAGGACCUAAACUCUCAAAGCACUAUCCUUUGGGAGUUGGGGGUGAAAUUGCAGGAAAACAUGCUGAGAAGGAACUAUUUCCGUAUGAAGUAUUUGUCAAGCUUUACAAUUGGAACAAGGUGGAAUUGCACCCUUCUGGCCUUAUAAACUGUGGUAACAGCUGCUAUGCCAAUGCAGUCCUCCAAUGCUUGGCAUUUACUCCGCCUCUGACUGCUUAUUUGCUUCAGGGACUCCAUUCUAAAUCUUGUGCAAAGAAGGAUUGGUGUUUCAUGUGUGAGUUUGAAAUUCUAAUUUUGAAGGCAAAGGAAGGGAAGUCUCCACUGUCUCCUAUUGGAAUACUUUCCCAGCUAAGAAAUAUUGGAAGUCAACUUGGUAAUGGGAGAGAGGAAGAUGCCCAUGAGUUUUUAAGACAUGCUAUUGACACAAUGCAAUCCGUUUGCCUUAUGGAAUCUGGGGUUAAUGCUCCGCGUUCUUUGAAGGAGGAAACAACUUUAAUAGGCCUUACCUUUGGAGGUUACCUUCGAUCAAAGAUAAAAUGCUCAAGGUGCCAAGGCAAGUCGGAGCGGCAAGAAAGAAUGAUGGAUCUUACUGUGGAAAUUGAGGGCGACAUAGCAACCCUGGAAGAGGCUCUUCGGCGAUUUACUGGCACUGAGGUCUUAGAUGGUGAAAAUAAGUACCAAUGUAGCAGAUGCAAAUCUUAUGAGAAGGCUAAAAAGAAGUUGACAAUACUGGAAGCUCCCAAUGUCCUUACUAUUGCAUUGAAGCGAUUUCAGUCCGGGAAAUUUGGGAAGAUCAAUAAGCCCAUACGGUUUCCUGAAAUUCUGAACUUGGCGCCUUACAUGAGUGGCACAAGUGAUAAAUCACCUAUAUACAAGCUGUAUGGGGUUGUUGUUCACUUGGAUGUCAUGAAUGCCGCAUUUUCUGGUCAUUAUGUGUGCUAUGUUAAGAAUCUGCAGAACAAGUGGUUCAAGGUUGAUGACAGCACGGUGACUGCUGUAGAGCUUGAAAAUGUCUUGGCGAAAGGGGCGUACAUGCUUCUUUAUUCAAGGUGCUCGGCAAGAGCCCCGAGAUUAAUAAGGAACAGAAUAAUAUCUUCAGAUCCAAAACAUAGAGCCAUUCCUUCAUGUAUCAGUGGAAAGAGUACCAAUUUGAAAUCAAAUUCCUUUUCCACUCAUCCAAGUGGUUCUCAAUCCCCUACUUGUCCUCCAGAGAAUUCUACCAGUUAUCCACUAUUGCAAAGGAUUUCAGAAGAGGACUCAUCAAGUGACAAUUCUUCUCUUAUCAGCAGCCGUUCUGACGAAGGUUCUUCUAGUACUGAUAGCACAUGGUAUUCUACUAGCACCGAUGAUUGCUCCGAUUAUUCAUGCGGUGAUCCAGGACGUGGGUGGAAUAGCCCUGGGAGAAGUUUUUCGGAUUGUGACAGUUCUUCCUCAUCCUCUUCCUCACCCAUGAGUUUGAAGCACUCGCCACUUUCUGAUUCAAACCGGUACGCUUCAAGUGCCAGCGAGUCCGUAGGAUUUUGGGACAGCCGACCUUUCGAGGAUAGCCGCAGGUUUGCAGAUUCAGAUGGCAAAGUGAGUGGUCCUUUUUUGAAUUCUGACAUCACUAAACAGUGUAGAAAGUUAGCCAGUAGUAGUAGUAGUAGUAGUAGCAGUAGAAAGUUAACCGACUCUGAGAGAUUAGGACGUGAUUCGGUAAGCAAUGUAAAAUUAAGAACAUCGAAUUGCGAAAGAACAGCAGGCGUUUGAUCAUCACAGUUAGGAAGCGGUAAAAAUAAGAGAACGAGUAGGGCUUUGUAUGUAAUGUACCCAUUGCCAUUAGCUGGUUUAAUUUAUAGAAAUCGGCCACCACCUUUUUGUGCA